UCUCAGGGUUGCAAUGGCAACUGGCCGGAUGGAAGGUCAACAACAGCAACUUUGUUUCAUCUGAACAAGUUAUACAUUUAAGCGGCGUUAGGCGCGUUAGGCUGAUGCUGACCCGCUCUUCUGAUGUGACAGACAAAGUUAGAACACUUGCAGUUGGAAGAUGUCCCAGGGAUGUACAAUUUCUGUGGAAGAGAUCCAGUCUUGGUGGGAAGUCCCCGCCAUAGCGCACUUUUGCUCGCUGUUCAGGACAGCAUUCAAUCUUCCAGACUUUGAAAUCGAGGAGCUGGAGGAGGCACUGCUGAAGCAGGACGGCGAAUUCCUGGCUGAACUGAUCGCCUCGCUGCUGCAGGGCUGCUAUCAGCGCACAGACAUCACACCCCAAGCGUUUAGCAGUUAUCUCGAUGACAUCAUCAACUACCGCUGGGAGCUGGAAGAGGGGAAGCCCAACCCCCUACGGCUGGGCCCCUUUGAGACCCUGCCGACUCGCACGCAGGUGGAGCUGCUCCACCGACUGUGCGACUACCGGCUGGAUGCGGCCGACGUCUUCGACCUGCUCAAGGGCCUGGAUGCAGACAGCUUGCGGGUUGAGCCACUGGGGCAGGAUGGAAGUGGUGCCCUCUACUGGUAUUUCUAUGGCACACGCAUGUACAAGGAGGAGCCGGUUAAACCAAAGCCGGGUGAACUCUGCGAGGUACCUGAGGUCAGGGUGCCGGAGAAGAGGAAGAGAGGAAGACCACCGAAGAAGAAGAAGCUGGAGGAAGAGAAACGUCUGAGUGAACUGAAAGCUGUGGUGGAGGAGAACGGGGUGGACCCUCUGCGGCUUGGCUCCGAGCGUGAGCGAGGUGCUUGGUCUCUGGUGUGUGACACAGAGGAGCAAUGGGUCAAGUUGGCCGACAGCAUCAAGGACAAGUCCUCUCCCCAGGACCGGCACCUCUACCGCAUCAUCAGCCAGAACUUCCUGCCGGAGAUCAGCAGCAUGAUCGAUCACAAGGAGAAGGAGCAGCGAGAAAAACGGCUAGAUUCCACACCCCUGCACAGCUCCCACCGGCUGCCAGCAAAACAUGUGACCCACAAGGAGGAGGAGGACCAGACAGCCACCGAGCGGGCAGAUCAGCACAAGCGGAAGGAGGAUGACGCGGAUCGCCAGGCUCUGCUGGCCGAGCAGCGCAAGGAGGAGGAGAGGAUGGUGCAGGAGGAGCGGGAGCGUGAAGAGCUGGAGCGGGUCAAAGCCGUGGAGGAGCGCGCCCGUCGACGGAAGCAGCGGGAGGAGAAGUCCUGGCUGCUGUCCCAGGGCAAGGAGCUGCCUCCAGAGUUGCUCCAUCUGGAGUCGCACUCGCCCAUCCGUCGGGCACGGCGCACCAAGGAGUUCUAUGAAAUCGACGACGAUUACACAGCAUUGUACAAAGUACUGGAGGCUCUGAAGGCACACAAAGACGCGUGGCCCUUCAUGGAGCCCGUGGACGACUCCUACGCCCCUAACUAUCACGAGAUCAUCCAGAGCCCAAUGGACCUUUCCACCAUCGAGAAGAAGCUCAACGAGGGCGAGUACAUCGCCAAGGACGAGUUCGUGUCCGACGUAAAGCUGAUGUUUGAGAACUGCCAGGAAUAUAACGGGGAGGACAGCGAAUACACCAUGAUGGCUGAAUCCCUGGAGCGGUGCUUCACCAAGGCCCUGCUCAAGCACUUCCCCUCGGAGGAGGGAGACACGGACGAAGAGUUCCAUAUCAGCAGUGAGGACAAGGAGCGGAGGGAACGCCGGAGGAGCCGGGUGCAGCGCUCAGGGGGACAGACCGGACUCGACAGCCUGGUCCGUGCCACUGAGAAGCCGGCCCGGCGCCGGCGAGACUCCCAGAGCGGGAAAGGGGGCCCCCCUCAGGAGGAACACCGGCAGAAAUCCAGCCCACCACCCCCCACCUCUCCAUGGUCCAAUGGGCCCCUGAGAGGUCCACCUUUCCCGGCGGGACAGCCGUGUCCUAGAGCUCAGGUCGGGCCCAACUCCCUUCGUCCAGCACAGAUGCAGCAGCUCCAGCAGCCGUCUGGCCAGCGCUUCAUGUUCCGCGGGCAGAGACCGCCAGACCCGCAACCUGGAGGGUUCAGACCAGAAGGCCUGGUGAGGUUCGGGCCUGGGGGGCCAAGCUCGUGGCACCUCCCCAGCUUCAGCGUGCAGGUAGGGGUGUCGUGGGCGUCUGUGGGCGGGGCCAGGGAGCUG